CAUUUAAGGUUAAAACAUUUAAAAGUGUUUCUCACUUUUGUUUAGCCGUCUGAGUAAUCUAUCCAGUAUUCAACAAAUGCCUUUAAGUUUUUGCAUUCAAAUGCUUCUUUUUCAAUUGAUUUGUUUUCUUUUUUUCAAUUAUUCUAGUUAAAACGAAGCAAAGCUGACCGUUGGCCAUCAAAUCUUGAGACUUGGCAAUUUAAUAAUGGCAAGCAAAAUGGAAUUAAAACAUCUUCAUCUUCCCUUAAUAGUCAAUCAGUUCCACUUACACCAUCAGCUCAAAAUAUUAAAUGUAACAUUCGAGGCGAUGUUAAGAGUUUCACUUCAAUGAUAACCUUACCUUCAGGAUAUACGGUUCCACCCAUAUUUGAAGAUUACAUUGAUUCAAAUGGAGAGACAUCAUCAUCAAGCUCUCAAGCUGAUUGUUCAAUGACAUUGAUAUCAUCUUCCUCGCAAUCGCCAUUAUCAUCAAAGUCAAACACAUACAGUAUGAAAAUAACUGAUUUUGCUAAAUGUGGAGUGAAAUCGGAAAAAUCAGCUGAUGGCAAGGAAUGGAUGUCAGUCACUUUACGUAUACCAUUCAUAAACGGCCUGAGAACUGCUCAAGAUGAACACAUUGUGAUUGUAUGUCGCCCACAAGAAGCUGUAAUGGCCAAAAAUUCACUUCUUGAUUUCAAAACCAAUCUUCAAAGGCCUGUCAGAACUGUAUUCAGUAGCUUGGAACCGGAAGUUGAAGUAAAAGUUGGAUUGUUUGCUAAACCAUCAGGAGUGAGCUAUUAUUCAGAAGAGAUUCCAUUUGAUGGGCUGAUAGAGGUUGGUGAAGAGUUGCAGUUCCGAGCAAUUGUAAAACCAGGAGAUGGUUGGAAAUAUGCUAAACUUACUGAUUUAAAGGUUUACAUGGUAAACGAUAAUGAAUUUGAUCAACUUGACAACUCUCAAAGUGAAGUUAAACCAGGCAAGGACAGAAAAGAUUUGGUUAAAUUUGAUUCAAAUAAAUCAUCAUCAGUUGAUAAAGAGGCAAACAAAUUGAUGAACCAUAAAAAACGUAACAAUGAGGUUGCCAUCCUUGUUAUGGAUAAUGGUUGCCGUAAUCCUGUUUAUUCAGCAUUAGCACCUUACCAUCCUUAUCGUGAUACAAGCAACCCUCUUGCGGUUGCUUUUAAUUUCAAAGCAUUCAUGUUUCAAGAUAUGUCAGAUGAUGACUCAAUCAGGAUUACAGCUAAAAUCAUGGCCUGCCUAGAAGAAACUGAUUGCUCACCGAGUUUUUGUCCAGAUAAUGGUCAACAAGGUUAUGGAAGACGAAGGAGACGCAGUAUCACAGAGGAUUAUCGCAAUAACGAUGAUGAUGAAAGUAGUAAUAAUUAUAAUGACAAUCAACAUGUAUCCCUUUCAAUAACCCACCAGGAAAGUGAAAUGAAUAAAGAUGGUUACGAUAUUUCAUCCAAUUAUCAGGAAACAAGAGAUGCAAAGGCGUCAUCAUUUUCACCCAAUCAAAGUGAAAUCAAUAAUUUUUCCCGAAACUUUCAAGUCAAAGUUGUUUUACCCGGUUAUGCCAAAACUUUACAGUCCAUCUCAAAUGAUGAUGUCAAUAAUGAAAUGGAUACACAGAUAGUCAACUUGCAUAGUCUGUAUAAUCGUUCAAGUUGUAAAAAUAGUCUUCUAGUGUUGGCAGCUUCUUCAGCAGUUUUAUGUUCGGCAAUCAUGCUAGCAGCUCUAUGGACAGUUCGAGUUGCUAGUAGGAAAAACAAUGCCAUAUAAAAAGAUAUCCUGUGUAUUUAAUCAAAAAUUAGAGACCAGCUUGAAGAGUAUCUUUAUCACCGUUUCCCUGAAAUCAUGAUACGAUUUUGCAUAAAUUUGAAAAUUAACCAACGCAGUGUUGAUGGAAAGUCAAGGAUGAAUGCCAUUAAUCAAAAGCUAAAAACUAUCAGUUUACAAGACAAACCACAUUUAAUUUGAUCAUUGAUACUGAAUGAGAAGAGAAGAUUAUUUUCUGUCUUCCUUUUCAUCUCUCCAUCUCAUUCAUUUCAUCAAUAUUGACCUUGCCACGUGACGUUUUCCGUUUUACCAAUGGCCACACUUUAUCCGGAAAAACGGAAUCAAUCUCAUCCAUCAACUUACGUUGAUCUAUUUAAUUACUUUAAUAAAAUGUUGAUUUAAAUAAUUUAUUUGUUAUGGAAGAAUCUACCGAUCAUUUGUAAACUGAGAUUCUGCCUCACAUGCCAAAAUAUUGAAUACAUUUAGAUAACAUCUGAAUAAAUCGAAGUAACCUGUUAA